AUGGAGAAUCGACUUCGAAAUCAAGAAGAAAAGUGUGCCGAUGAGUCGAGCCAUUAUCAGAUAUCACCACCUGAGUCAAGCCGCUGUUCAACCAGCAUAACAACCCUAAUUCUUUCAACUGAGGAUCUCAAUCUUUCAUUAUGGUUUUCAACCAACAACAACAACAAGAGAAAACUCACAACACAAAACCAUCCCACUCUUCCGAAACGCAAGAAAUUUGUGUCUGAUUCCGAUUACGCCAUGGCUCUUAACCUUUGGAGAAUGAGGAACUACAGCAAACAAGACAUGGCGGAAGAAGAUAGCUUGGGUGUAACGACGAAGCUGAGCGUUUACGAUCCGUGGAGGAUGACGAAGGAUCUGAUGUCGAGCGAUGUCGGACACCUCAGCAGGUUGAUGUUGAAAUCGCAUUGGGCGGAGAAGUACUUCUUGCCUCACUUGGACAUCAAACAGGUAGAGAGCGAUGAUGGUGUCACCAUUAAGGUCUUCGAUUCCGACACCCAUUCCGAACAUGAUUUGGCUUUCAAACUGUGGAAAUCGUCGAAUAGCUACGUUUUGAAGAAAGGGUGGGUUAAGGAAUUUGUGAAGAGGAGGAAUCUCAAGACAGGUGAUCAGAUUGGAAUGUUCUGCCAUGUGCCAUUAAUGGAUGAUCCUCAGUCCAUGCUCAAAAUCUACUUUUGCGUUCUUAAACGGGCUCAAUCCAAACAAAAUUGA